ACAUAACGAGAUAAGCGAGACUACUGUAAACAAAUAAAAAGGUAGAAAAGAAUGUCCCAAUGGAUUAUGGAGGCGCUCUAUAGCUGCUCUAAUAUUUCCAUUUGACACCAUUCAUAGCUACAGAUCUUGCCAUGGCUUUUAGCGACAAUGCACUACGUUUUAAGAUAGAUUCAAAUGCAGCUAAGUGUAUUGAUGAUUACUUCGAAUAUACCAGAAUUGUAGGAGAUGAUGAUGGGGGGACUUUGUUUACACCAAAACAAUACAAUGAAUACAAGGAAAAGGUGUUGUCUGCCAGAAUCAAUAAUCGCUUAUUUGUGUCUUGGGCUUCAGUUGCAAAAGGAAUAGAGUGCAAAAUAGUUGGUCCAGAGACUAAAUGCUUUUGCACUCACCGGUACAAACAACAUAAAACGGAUUUUGAUGUUCUUCCAACUCCAAUCAAAUUACCAUGCAAUGCACCUGAUUGCAACUGCAAAAGCUAUUCAUAUGUGCCUUUAAAUGGAACUCAGCCAAUACGUUGUACCUGCAAGCACUUCGCUGAUGAACAUUCAUUUGUAGGUGCGAAGAAGUGUAAAAAGCCUGGCUGUACUUGUAAAAAGUUUCACAGCGCGUUUACUUGUGGGUGUGGUGAACCAACAUACAACCAUCAGAUGAUAGUGGAAACGAAGGCAGAACGUGUUACUAGAGGAAAACCUGUCGGACAUGAUGUUCUGUACAAAGCUAUGGGUGGGAUAACUGGCUUUAGUUCUCUUGCAGAUGGUUAUCUAAGAUUGGACGACAGUGGUGUUGGUGCACCAAGCAAAGAAUUUUUUGAACAGCCUGCAGGGCCGUUUGAUCACCCUUUCUUAAAAAUUCACAGUAAUAUGCAAGAGUUGGGAUUGGAUGACAAAAACAAUAACGAUGCUUCUUUACAGAUGACUCAAGAGGAAAAAGAUAUGGCUUAUUUUGAGAAAAGAUAUCAACAACGGCUGAAACAAGAACGUCUUCAAGCGCGUGCAAAAACCAACCCAAAAGCUUUACCAUCAAAACAAACACUUUAUGGAUCCUCUGGAACAAACGCAAUGUCUACCAUGUCGAAUCCUCAAUCACGUGGUAAAAAGCACGUGACACAAGAGCUGCUAUCCAAACAGAAUAGGCAAAAGAGAUAAUACAACAUGAAAAGAUAAUUCUAUGGUUUUUUGAGAACUCGACGUCUCGGAAGUACAAAUGUCAAUUUUCCAUUUCUAGAUCCCAACUAAUCCUUACAAUGACGAACUUUGGUGUGCUUGAGUACUAAUAUGUGAUUCUACUGGAAAUUAAAAUAUGAAAAAGAAUUGCAGAAAAUAUUAAAAAGGAGUGAUCAAGAAAUCUACACUCACCAACUUUAAUAGACUGUGUUUUUGUACAUGAAACUUAGACAGUUGGCUUAGGCUGAAUGUUCUUUAAUUUUGUUGCCAAUUUCUUAAGUCGUAUAAGAUUCAACCUUUAUUUAAUGCUCAAAAAUACCUUGUCCACAAUACUUCAUUCAGUUUACUGCCUUAAAAGAAUUAGUUUCCGUGGGUAUUGUUAUUUUUUUCUUUUCGAAAAACUAUUUACAUUAUUUUUUCUUCUGAUUUACCUAGAAUAACAUAUACUAUAUAUAUGAAUUUCAAUUUCAGCAGUUUUUAUUUUAUACUUCUACAUAACACCUAAAACGGUAAAAAAUGGGAAGAAUAUUAUUUUAAUAAAACAAGUAUAUUAAUAAAUACUGCAGUCCUGGGACCAAAAUUGGUGAGCAGGCCAAAGAUAACGUCAACAAAAGAUUUUAAAUAAAUUUUCUUUUGCAUUGUUUUUCUCUCUAAAUGGAUUUUUCAACGGGUUUUGUGGCCAGAAAUCUCUCACUGUUCACUUUUUGUAAAUAUUCUAAUCACAAUAAAAACGUAUAGGAAUGUCAGUGAGGUGGAAUCCGAUGCUCCGAAGGAAAUAUUUUCGUGAAUGUAAUAUGAUUCAAAAAUGGCGUUUAAAAUAUUGUCAAACAAGUGGUUUGUGCGCCAAGAUGUAGUUGCAUUUUUAUCUAUAUUCUUUUUAGCUAUAUAUAUCUUAUUUUGCUUGCUUGAUAAAAGUGUGUUUCGUUUUUUAUUUAUUAAUUUAUUAUUUAUUUGUUAACAUGCUUGCUUACGAAGAUUGUACUAUUGAACUGAUCUGACGUAAAAAUAUAUAAAUUAAGCCCUGUUAA